AAUCUCGCCCGGUGUUAUAAAGUAAAUAAAGGGGAGGUGUUAACCAAAUAAGGAUCUUUUUUAUAUUUGUGUUUCUCUUCUUAAAAUUUGAAUAAGGCCCGAAUUGAACAGACCGAAAUAAUUAGGGUCGGGUUGCAGAAAAUGUCGGCAUCAGCUUUACCGGACGAGCUAUGGAGACGAAUCCUUGAAAUCGGAAUUGAAUUCUACAACUUCAACUACAAAGAUCUUUGCUGCCUCUCCAUAACUUGCAGACGUCUCAACCGACUCUCCGACGACGAUUCUCUUUGGUCCUCUUUGUUCUCCGCCGAUUUUCCCCAAUAUCCUACUAAGCAACAUCGUUCGUCUUCUUCUGUCUCCAAUAAAUCGCUCUACAAAAUAAGAUAUGAAAAAAUCCGAGAACAGAAGGCUUUGGCCCAUAGAAGGGCCGUUUUAAGAAUUCAGAGUGAAAUUAAUGAGCAUUCUAGGAGGAUUCGGGAGAUGGAACUUCGAUCUGCAGAGGAGAAAGAGAAGAUGAAGAACACUGUUGCUGAGUUUUUAAAUUUGCGUAAAAUCAGGCAAGCCUCAGUUGCACUAAAUGUUUGGCAGCCGGAGGUUGUCCGAGGUAAGCAAAAGCAGAUAGUUGAGCAAUGCAAUGUACCUGUUAACAAUCGUAUCCAUGCCAUUGAGAUGGAGCUCAAGCUUUGCAAACAGCAAGUUGAAGGGUUUGAGAAGGCCCUUAGAGUUGAAAAAAGGAGAAUGCAAGCAGCAAAGGAAAAGCUGGCUUCAGUAGAAUAUCACCCCUUGCGAGAUUUUAACUUAGCAGUCACACCGAUUGCUGAACAGGCCAUGAGAAAAAGAUUAAGAACAUCAUCAAGUAAGGAAACUAGGAGUUGAUGCACCAUUGAAUUGGAUGAGUUACUCAUGGCAAGGAAUCUUCAAAUUGGUCUACAUGGCAAUGGAUGGUACAAUGCUGCUGUUCAGCCUAUUUGCAUCUCUGUCCAAGCUGCACUGAUUUUGCAGUUGCUGUGUUCCUGUUGAUUUUUGCUAAGUAUGGGCUAUGGCAGAUUCGGUUCACCUCGGGUAAUUUAGAAACAGAUAUAUGUGAUAAUUGGAAGGGGAGUAUGAUGUGUGAUAUGCUCGACCAUGGGGAAGGGUGUUCAAGAAAUGGAGGAUUAUUCUUCGGAGUCUGAAAAAGAGAGCAAAAUGCAUGUUGUGCAAUUGGAAGGGGGACUGUAGGGCUAUUUUGGAUUAUCCAGUAGGAUGCUGAUACAUGAAAACACAGGUUGGUUGAGAAACUUUACUUUGUGACUCACACAACUGACACAAAUUGUGCGGGGUUGUCUAUGUUGGACAAGUGGUGUUUUAUGGAACUCAAAAUGCCUCACACAACCAACACUUUUGGGUUCACAAACUCUACUUGUUAUAAACAGGCAACCCUUUUAGGUCCCAUAGUUUUCACUUGACAAACAUAGGCAACCUUGUAAAAAAAUUCGUCAGUAUUGGUGUAUUUUAUUUUCUGAUAAUUUGCUUAAUAGUCGAACCAAAUAAUGAAAAAUGUCCUUCAUAGAGAGAAAAAUCCAGCCUUUUUUUGGAUUA